CGAGCCCCGACGGCUUCCCCGUGCCGCGUCCACCGUACCACACCGAGCCCACCUCUCUUCCGCACGCUCCACCUCCGAAAAUGCGCAGUUCUUCUGCGGAGCCGAGACGCAAGACGCCUUCGAGGCAGUCGCCAGACGACCCGCCUCAGCAGCGCCGCCGCUCCUUCCUGCGUUCGCUCUUCUUCUUUGCUACUCGGUUCGAUGCCUUCUUGAUCGUCGCCGGCUGCGCCUUUAUGGUCGGCUUCGGAGCACUGCAGGUCCUCGCCCUGGUGACGUUUGCCGACUUCUUCGACUUGAACUCGACCACAAACUACUAUGAUCUCGGGAUCAUGCUCCUCGUCAACAUGACGUACUGGGGCCUGGGUAUUGGCGGCUGCCAAGGAAUCGCGGCGCUGCUGCUCGACUAUUCCAAGAACCGUCAGAUCACGCGUUGGAAGAAGGAGUACCUAAAGUCGAUCCUCCGGCAGGACGUCGGCUGGUACGACGUCAACCAGCCGCAGGAGCUCUCGACGCGCAUGGGUGAGUCCAUCGUCUACAUCGAGAAGGCGCUUCACCUAUCCAACGCCAACAUCUUCACAACCAUCGGGUCCAUCACCGUGGGGCUCUACAUCUCGCUGCGCGAGUCGUGGGCUGUCGCCCUCGUCACGCUCGCCGUGGCCAUCGUCGCCUACCUGCCUUCCGUCUCACUGCUCCUCUACUACCUCGAGCAGCGCACCAAGCUCCUGGCCGACGCGUACGCAGGCGCCGGCGGCGUCGCCUCCGAGGUGCUCUCGUCGAUCCGCACGGUCGCGUCGCUCGGCCUCGAGGAGAGGUCUCUGCAGCGGUACGAUGCCAACCUCGCCAACGCCGAGCGCGCGGCCAUCCGCCUCUCGACCAAGAUCUUUGCAGCCCUCUCCACGAUGAACGCGUCCGUCUACUACGUGAUGGCCUCUGGGAUUCUGCUGGCGUGCCAGCUGCUCGUCUCCGAGUACCGUGACACCACGGUGGACUACACCGCCUUGCUGGGUGACGCGAGGAACUACUGCGCCGAGAGCUGCGACUCGUACGACUUGUUCCUCGUCGACACCACCCAGCCAGAUCAGGCUGACGGCGUUGGUGCGGCGUGCGCAGACCGCACGAGCGCGACUACUGGCGAGGCCCUCGAGAACUUCAAGUUCACUUGCAGCACGGCGGCGCAGGUCAUCGGGGAGCGCGCAUUCACCCGGUUCUUUGGCGACGACACGCUGUUCUGGAACCAGUUCGUGGACGGCGACCCUGCCGACAGCAGCUACGACGAGCUCUUCCCGCCCAACAGCUACGACAGGAGCGUCGAGUGCGCGCUGGGGCUCGGCGCCAUCUACAUCGCCACGCAGGCCGUCUUCCAGGGCGCCUUUGGCCUCUCGCAGCUGGCGGGGCCAGUGCAGGCGCUGAUCAAGGGCGUCACGGCGUGCCGCAGCGUGCUCGAGGUGGUGGCGCGCGUGCCGACGAUCGACGCCUUCUCGGAGGAGGGCCUCACGGUCGUGCUCAAGGGCGCCAUCGAGGUGAAGGACGUCACCUUCGCCUACCCCACCGCGCCCCACCACCUCAUCUGCAACGGAUACUCGCUGAGCAUCCCGGCCGGCACCUCGUGCGCGCUGGUUGGCCCGUCGGGUGCGGGUAAGUCGACGCUCAUCCAGCUGCUCGAGCGGUACUAUGACCCGCUCUCGGGGUCGGUGCUCAUCGACGGCGUCGACCUCAGGGCGAUGAACGUCAAGGCGCUGCGCCGGCAGAUCGGGCUAGUCGGGCAGGAGCCGAUGCUCUUCAUGGGCACCAUCGCAGAGAACAUCGCGCUUGGCAAGGACAAGGCGACCCGCGAGGAGGUGGAGGCCGCGGCGCGCGCGGCGAACGCGCACGACUUCAUCGUCGAGAGCCUCGGCGACGGCUACGACACCCAGGUGGGCCUGGGCGGCGGCAAGCUGUCGGGCGGCCAGAAGCAGCGCAUCGCCAUCGCGCGCGCCGUCAUCAAGCAGCCGGCGAUCCUGCUGCUCGACGAGGCGACGUCGGCGCUCGACAACGCGAGCGAGCGCAUCGUGCAGGCGUCGCUCGACGACAUCAUGAGGAAGAGCCACUUCACGUCGGUCACGGUGGCGCACCGGCUGACGACGAUCAAGUACUGCGACAAGAUCGCCGUCGUCCAGAAGGGCGUCAUCGUGGAGGAGGGGACGUACGACGACCUGCUCGCCGUCGGGGAGGGCGGCGUCUUCCACGGCCUCGCCGCCAAGCAGCAGGCGAACCAGGCCAAGGACGUCGAGGUGAUGCGCGUGGCGGCGGAGGCCUCGCAGGUGGAGGACUCCAUCAGCGUACGCCACGUUGAGGUGGUGGAGGGGCUCAAGGCGCUGCACCAGACGAGCUCGAUCGGGGCGUCGCUCGGCAUCGUCGAGGCGGUGGUCGAGACGGCGGAGGAGGAGGCUGCGGCCGCAGCGGCGGGCCAGAAGAAGCAGGGGCCGGUGAGGCGGCUGCUCCAAAUGUCGCCAAAGAGCGACCGCUACCUCUACGUCAUCGGCGUGUCGUGCGCCGCGGUCACGGGUAUCGUGCAGGGCUUGCUCGGCUUGCUCUUCGUCCGCUCGCUCACGGCGCUGAGCUACCCAUCGCCCGACAAGGUCGAGUCCGAGGGCGUGCUGUGGGGCCUCAUCUUCAUCGCCGUCGGCCUCGGGCAGCACGCCUUCGAGUUCAUCUCGGCGACGACCCUCGGCAUCACCGGCGAGCACUUGACGACGGCGCUGCGCACCACGCUGAUGGCCAAGCUGCUGCGGAUGGAGGUCGGCUACUUCGACUACGAGGCCAACACGAUGGGCGCGCUGACCGAGUUCCUGGGCGCGAGGGUGGCGCUCGUGCAGGGGCUCGUCGGCGAGCAGCUCGGCGCAAUCACAAAGUUUCUCUUCUUGAUCGGCACGAUGCUCUUCACCAUGUUUUACUGGGGCGACUGGCGCGUCGCGCUGGUCACGCUCGGCUGCCUUCCGAUCAUGGGCGUCACCAUGGGCAUCGCGAUGCAGGCGGCCAUGCCGAUGGACCAGGCAAAGCAGGCGAGCAAGGACAACGACAACGAGGUCAAGAAGUCGGCCGGCGCGGUGAUUGGCGAGGUGGUGCUCGGGAUCCGGACCGUCGCCUCCUUCAACGCCGAGGUCAAGUUCUAUGAGGACUACUGCAAGCAGAUGGACAAGCUGCUCGCGGUCGGGAAGCGCAAGGCGGUGCAGGCGGGCGUGGGCCUCUUCCUCGCCUUCGCCAUCGUCUACUCGAUGAUGGGCGCCCAGAUCUUCUACGGGCUGUGGCUCGCGUCGGUCGGGGCGCUCGGCGCGGCCGAGGCCGGCUGCGACAGCUCGUCGAUGCUCAUCAUGGACAAGAUCAUGGUGCCAAUCAUCGCGACGAUGAUGGUCACCUUCCUGGCCUCGGGCCACGCCAUGAUGGCCACCGACGCAAAGGCCGCGGCCAAGGCCGCCAAGGAGCUCUUCCAGCGAUUCGACCAGGCGUCGCUGAUCGACCCAACCUCGGCCGAGGGCGAGCGGCUGCCGCCCGUGCGCGGCGAGAUCUCGGUCCGCGACGUCGUGUUUGCCUACCCGACGGCUCUCGACCGGCCUGCCUGCCGCGGCUACUCCCUCGAGAUUGAGGCGGGGCAGACGGUCGCGCUGUGCGGCCCGAGCGGCUCUGGCAAGAGCACGAUCGUCGCGCUGCUGCAACGCUUCUACGACCCGCAGGCGGGCGCCGUGCUGCUCGACGGCGCAGACAUCCGCAGCCUCAACCUGCGGUGGCUCCGCCAGCAGAUUGGGAUGGUGGGGCAGGAGCCCGUGCUGUUUGAGGGCACGGUGGCCGAGAACAUCGGCUACGGCAAGGAGGGCGCCACGCAGAGCGAGAUCGAGGAGGCGGCGGUCGCGGCCAACGCGCACACCUUCAUCACGAACGACCUCGGCGACGGCUACGCCACCCAAGUGGGGCUGCGCGGCGGGCAGCUCUCCGGGGGGCAGAAGCAGCGCGUCGCCAUCGCGCGCGCGCUGGUGCGAAAGCCCGCCAUCAUGCUGCUCGACGAGGCGACGAGCGCGCUCGACAACGAGAGCGAGCGCAUCGUGCAGGCAGCGCUCGACGAGCUCAUGGCCAAGCAGAAGCGCACGACCAUCACGAUCGCGCACCGGCUCUCGACCAUCCGCAACGCCGACAAGAUCGCCGUGGUGAGGCGCGGCAAGGUUGUCGAGCAGGGGACCCACGACGAGCUGCUGCAGAUUGGCCCCGGCGGCGUUUACUUUGACCUCGUCGGGCAGCAGUGAUGGAACUGAGGGCGCGGGCUCGGGCCGUGCGGUGCGGGCACCACUCUACUGCGCUAGACCUAGAGGCGUAGAGCGUUCCGGUUCGCCUCAACGCGCCGAACGAUCGUGCAGGCUGCAGGCGCCGGCGAGACGUCUCUUUUUCGCGCGCUCGAGAGAGGCACCGCGCGCGCACGGACCGGUGUUUAUUAUUUUACAUGGUGCUUCUGAUAAGUUUGAU